GUUCGGUGUGGACAGGUGUGCUUUUCCAAGUCCUGUUAGUUGCUUUGGUCGUCGGACCGCUGAAAACCGUCGUCGUCCAGCUUAACAAACGCGCGUCGGCUUUUCGAAUGUGUCUUCCACGACGUUUCUAAACUUGGUUAUGCUUAGUUAUGUAUGUCGCCACGAAAUCUUCACGUACAUAAUAACUAAGAAUGGUACGAGCGGCCACGGCCAUCAAUAAUAAUUGAAAGCGAAAUCGGCUACUUUUAUUUUCUUUAGUAUUGUGAAACCGUACGGGGAAAAAAAAGAGUUGACGUGAGGGGCUAAGUAGCUAAACAGAGCAAGCAAGGUGCAUGUCUGCUGUGCGAAUCGGCGUGUGAGACGAGAAGAGAAGAGAAGAAAGAAAAAAAAGUGCGGAUUGUAAAACAUACUAUUUUUUGGAACACAUAUACAUAGUGCCAAAAGUUUAGCAUUAGCAUCGCGAGAUAAAUUACAUAACAAGUGUCCAGGCCAUUAGGCAUGGUGUUAGUGCUUCAAGAGUGAACGUGGAAAAUUGCCAGCUAACUGCUGACUCAUUAGGUACACUGCAAAAAAGCGCACACUGGAGCAUUAAAAUAACGUUGCCACACCAGCCGGAGUACUACCAAUGCAACAAGUCUGAAUUUGGAGCACACAGCGGCCGUCUCGAAGCAACGUGGAUUGUGUGCGCCCCAUGCGUCACCGGUUAGAACCGUUAAAACUCAAUCGACCAAUCCAUUCAGUCGAACUUUCCAACAUGCACUCUGCUUAACCAUAAUAUCCAGUUGGCAGAAGGAGUAAACAGUGCGAUAACCAAGCAGCAUUUUAGCGAUAUCUCGGAAAACAACAUUCACCAUGACCGCAGUCGAAGUUCAUUCCGGGUACAAAUUCUAUGGGAAGGCGAAAGAUCCGAAUAAAAAAAUAGUACUGAACCACCUGGAUAUGAGCGUUACUCGAGGAUCCAUAUACGGACUUCUCGGAGCGUCUGGUUGUGGCAAAACUACCCUCCUGUCGUGCAUCGUAGGACGAAAAUUUCUUAACGAUGGUGAAAUCAGCGUCCUCGGUGGAACCCCAGGAACGCCCGGUUCUGGUGUGCCUGGACCACGAAUCGGCUACAUGCCGCAGGAUAUCGCCCUGGUGGAGGAGUUUUCCGUCAAGGAAACAAUAUAUUAUUUUGGGCGAAUCUAUGGAAUGUCCACGGAGAAGAUACGAGAGCGAUACAAAUUACUGAAGGAUCUGUUAGAACUGCCGCCUGAUGACCGCCACGUCGGAAAUUGCAGUGGUGGCCAGCAGAGAAGGGUAUCGUUUGCUGCUGCCAUGGUCCAUGAGCCUGAACUGCUGAUUCUGGAUGAACCGACUGUGGGACUUGAUCCUCUGCUGCGCGAGCGGAUAUGGCAAUAUUUAGUCGACUCGACAAGUACAAGCAAACUGGCUGUGAUUAUUACUACGCACUAUAUCGAGGAAGCAAGACAAGCUUCUUGUAUCGGGUUGAUGCGGAACGGUAUUCUGCUGGCGGAAGACACGCCAACCAACAUUCUGGAGCGAUUCAACUGCACAAACCUGGAAGACGCAUUCCUCACGCUUUGCCAAAAACAUGGUCCUUCGGAAGAAGCCGAUGCAACCACACACCAGUCACACACGAUACGUAGCAUAAAAGCGAUCGACACAAUCGAGGAUAUCGGAUCCGAUAUCAAAAAAUCUAUCCCGCCCCUGGCACCAGGUGUCAAGAAAAAAGAAAUCAGUAGAAACUUCUACGAGGAAACCGGGCUCGCACGGACGGUGAAGGAGCUAAUGAGUUUCACCACGAAACGAAGAAUGAACGCUCUGCUCUCGAAAAAUUACCUGCAAAUGAUCCGGCAGCCCGCUGGAAUGGUAUUUCUGUUCCUUUUCCCCAUAUUUCAGUUGGUAAGUUUUUACGUAGCUAUAGGUGGCAAUCCGAAAGAGCUAAGACUAGGCAUCGUAAACGACGAGGUCAGCAACAUCCAGGACUGCUUCAACCAGUCGCUGAUUACCACUUCCUUCCACGAUGACUACGAGUGCGACCUUUACAAAGUGUCGUGCCGAUUCCUGGAAACGCUCAACCGAACCGUCGCAAUACAGGAAUACUUCGAAGACUUCGAAAGCGCUUACCGGGCAGCCAAAAAGGGAACGGUGUGGGGAUUCAUCUACUUUAAGAACAACUUCACCGAGUCUCUGCAGGACGUGCGCGACAACGUCCGCGAAGCGGAGCCCGGUUCAUUUCAUAACUCGGAAAUCAAAGUAUAUCUGGACAAAUCCGACCAGCAAGUCACCUUCUACCUGGAGAAAAAGUUGCUCGAAACGUACAAGCAAUUCGCCGAAACGCUGAUGACCGACUGCAAUCUGCCGAAGCAGCUGGCGAAUAUUCCGAUGUACUUCGAAGAUCCCGUGUACGGUACUUUCAACGAUGAGUUCACAGCCUUCAUGGCACCCGGCGUUGUCAUGACAAUGAUCUUCUUUCUUGCCACGCUGAUUACAGCGACGAUAUUUAUCACCGAUCGGCUCGAAGGUGUCUGGGAUAGAACGCUAGUCGCGGGUAUCACAGCCCUUGAGCUGCUGUUAGCACAUAUAAUUACGCAAACGUCGAUUAUGCUGCUGCAAUGUGUCGAAAUAAUUCUAUUGGCGACGUUCGUGUUCGACGUACAGAACCAGGGUAGCAACAUAACGGUGGUCGGUCUCUUGAUGCUGCUCGGUUUCGCGGGAAUGCUAUACGGGCUUCUGAUAUCGAUAUUCUGCGACGCUCAUUCAACGGCCAACUUCAUGGCAACGGGAAGCUUCUAUCCAAUGAUAAUAAUGUGCGGUAUUCUCUGGCCGCUUGAAGGAAUGCCCAAGUACCUGCAAUAUUUGGCGUACUGCUUUCCUUUUACCGUUCCCUCAAUGGCGGUCCGGAAUGUCCUAGCCAAAGGGUGGAGCAUAACCAAUUCCAAAGUCUACAUGGGCUACGGAGCAGUUGGCAUCUGGAUAGUCAGCCUGCUGCUGCUGUGUUUGAUAGGGCUUAAGAUUAAAAAGUAGCAGUAGGGAACGACCAUCUGAUUUCAUGAAUAGCAUUUGAGGUUAAAUUCGAAACAGCAUUGUGUACAUACUUAUUUUCAUGGUAAAUUCGUAAGUUACCCCGAUUGGUUGUUCAAUCGAGAUUCGAUAUUGUUCAGAUACAUAUUUUUUACGAAAGCUACUGUACAGCUUUGUUCAAUAAGUGUUUGGUGUAUAAAAGAGUGACUAUUAGAGUUUGAUAGGUGAACUUUGCAUACCGAGCUUCGUCAUAAGUUUUGAUUGAAAUGAAAAUCCUAUUUUAAGUUUUAACAGUCUAGUUUGUCCGCAAAAACAACAUUGUCUGUCUUUAUUGUCACUCAAAAUUACGUGCAACACAAUAAAUAUUAUUUUAUUUUACAAAAGUUUGUUAAUCUCUCUCUUUGUCUGUAAUUUCUUUCUCUCUGAACUAGAAUCUAUUUUAACCAAAAAAUAAACUUUAUACGCCGAAUAUAAAGCGUAAUGUAGCCCAUUUGCUUGAAGUCUGUUAUGUGUAGAGCUGGCGAGAUAUCGAAGCAAGAAUGUAAUGUUGUGAAUUAAGUAAUUUAUUGAUAUGAUUGACACUUUUUGACGUUAAUUGAAAUUUUGUCGUGAUGUAGAUUUUAACAUAAAGGUUACGCCGGGUCUGCUCUUAUGG